GAGCUGUUCUUGCCAGGGGAGCGUUUCCCAUCCAAGGGAAAACCUCUGGACAAUGGCACUGCACCCACGAAGAGUUCGCUUGAAGCCCUGGCUGGUGGCCCAGGUAGAUAGUGGUUUGUAUCCCGGCCUCAUCUGGCUCAACCGAGAGGCCAAACGAUUCCAGAUCCCCUGGAAGCACGCGACGCGGCACAGCCCUCAGCACGAGGAGGAGAACACGAUCUUUAAGGCAUGGGCCGUGGAAACGGGAAAGUACCAGGAGGGCGUCGAUGAGCCAGACCCUGCCAAGUGGAAAGCCCAGCUCCGAUGCGCUCUUAACAAAAGCCGGGAGUUUAAUUUGAUGUACGAUGGCACCAAGGAGGUGCCCAUGAAUCCUGUUAAAAUUUAUGAAGUUUGCGAUAUCCCGCAGUCCCAGGGAUCAAUCAUUAAUCCAGGUUCCACAGGCUCAGCUCCGUGGGAUGAAAAAGAUAAUGAUCUUGAUGACGAAGAGGAGGAAGAAUUGAAUCCAUCUCAGCAUGUCCCUAUUCAGGAGACCUUUCCAUUUCUUAAUAUCAAUGAUUCUCCAAUGGCUCCAGCCAGUGCAGAAAACUGUAGUCCUGAAGCUGUGUGGCCGAAAAAUGAACCUCUGGAUAUGGAAAUGCCCCCAACUGCCCUGCAGCAUGACUUCUUCAGCAGCCCCGAGCUCUGGAUCAGCUCUCUUCCAAUGACAGACCUAGAAAUCAAGUUUGAAUAUCGAGGAAAGGAGACUGGACCCACAACAACUGUAAGCAACCCCCAGGGAUGCCGGCUUUUCUACGGAGAGCUGGGUCCAAUGCCAGAUCAGGAAGAGCUGUUUGGGCCCAUUAGUUUGGAGCAAGUAAAGUUUCCAGGAACAGAGCAAAUCACCAAUGAAAGGCAGAAGAUCUUCACGAGUCGGCUACUGGAUGUUAUGGACAGGGGACUGAUCCUGGAGGUCAGUGGCCAUGCCAUCUACGCCGUGCGACUCUGCCAGUGCAAGGUCUACUGGUCUGGUCCGUGUGCGCCUUCCUCCACUACUCCAAAUUUAAUUGAGAGGCAAAAGAAAGUCAAGCUCUUCUGCCUGGAAACAUUCUUAAGUGAGCUGAUUGCCCAUCAGAAGGGACAAAUUGAGAAACAGCCACCUUAUGAAAUCUACUUCUGUUUUGGGGAAGAAUGGCCUGAUGGAAAGCCCAGAGAGAGGAAGUUGAUUGUGGUUCAGGUCAUUCCCGUGGUGGCUCGGAUGAUCUAUGAAAUGUUUUCCGGCGAUUUCACGCGCUCCUUCGACAGCGGCAGCGUGCGCCUGCAGAUCUCCACGCCGGACAUCAAGGACAACAUCGUGGCGCACCUGAAGCAGCUGUACCGGCUGCUGCAGAGCCACCAGGAGAGCUGGCCCAUGCAGGGCGCUGCGCUGCACAUGGCCACGCCGCUGCCCGCCCAGUGAGCGCCGCGGCCCGCGCUGCCCGCCC